AUGGCGCAUAUCCACGAAAUUGCCGGGGAGGUGGAGAAACGCACCUACGUCAACGGUGUGAAAGUCGGGGAAGAGGUCAAGUUCCCAGAAACAGUAGCUUUCAGCGGCUUCAACAAACCCUCGCGCUUUGAAGGCGACAUCUUUGAGCUUGAAUUCGAGGGAGAGAUCCCCAAGGAUAUCGAUGGCACCUUCUACCGCAUCCAACCGGAUCAUCAGUUCCCACCACUAUUUGAAGACGACAUCCACUUCAACGGAGACGGCGCCGUGACAGCCAUUCGGAUCCAAAAUGGCCAUGCGCACUUCAAACACCGUUAUGUGCGGACGGACCGCUUCAACCACGAAAGAGCAGCACAGAAGAGCCUAUUCGGGCGCUACCGCAACAAAUUCACCGACAACGAGAGCGUCAAAGGCGUCAUCCGCACCGCCUCCAACACCAACAUCGUCUUCUGGCGGGGCGUCCUGCUCGCCACCAAGGAAGACGGGCCCCCCUUCGCCAUGGACCCGGUCACGCUGGAAACCAUCGGCCGCUACGACUUCGACGGGCAGGUGCUCUCGCCGACCUUCACCGCGCACCCGAAGUUCGACCCGGACACGGGCGAGAUGGUGUGCUUCGGCUACGAGGCCGGCGGCGACGGCAACGACGGCUCGUGCGACAUCGUCGUCUACACCAUCGACAAGGACGGCAAGAAGACGGAGGAGUGCUGGUACAAGGCCCCCUUCUGCGGCAUGAUCCACGACUGCGGCCUCAGCGAGAACUACGUCGUCCUCCCCAUGACGCCGAUGAAGUGCUCGCUCGACCGCCUCAAGCGCGGCGGCAACCACUGGGCCUGGGACCCCGACGAGGACCAGCUGUACGGCAUCGUCCCGCGCCGCGGCGGGAAGCCUGAGGACAUCAUCUGGCUCAGAGCCGACAACGCCUUCCACGGCCACGUCGCCGGCUGCUACGAAGACGCCUCGGGCCGCAUCGUCUUCGACCUCACCGUCGCCGACGGCAACGUCUUCUUCUUCUUCCCCCCCGACAACGUCGACCCCUCCACGCACAACCUCGCCAAACGCAACAAGCUCUCCAGCCCCACCUACCGCUGGCUCUUCGACCCUAAAACCCAAAAGUCCGGCGACCGCGUCACCCCCGCGUCCAUCUUCCCCAUCAACGGCGAGUUCUCGCGCAUCGACGACCGCCGCGUCACGAAGCCGUACAACCACUUCUGGCAGGCGCAAGUCGACGGGUCGCGCUUCUACGACGCGGCGAAAUGUGGGCCGCCGGCGGGCGGGUUGUUUAAUGUGUUGGGCCAUUUUACGUGGGAGGGGCGGACGCAGGAUACGGUGUGGGCGGGGCCGACGGCGACGUGGCAGGAGCCGGCGUUUAUUCCGAGGAGAGGGAGUACUGUGGAGGGGGAUGGGUACCUCGUUGCGUUGAAGAAUCAUCUCGAUGUGUUGAGGAAUGAUGUGGUGAUUUUGGAUGCGAAGGAUCUGGCGAAGGGGCCGGUGGCGGUGAUAAAGCUGCCGUUUAAGUUGAAGUUGGGGUUGCAUGGGAAUUGGGUUGAUGGGAGGGAGUUGGAGGAGUGGGGGGAGAGAAGGAAGGUGGGAGGCAGUGUGGGGCCCGCGAAGGCGGCGGAGAGGCCGUUGCCGUGGCAGGUGAGGUUGAUGGAAGAUCGUGGGGUCAAUGGACAAGGAAUGAGGGAAUAG